AUGCUAUACGACUGUCCGGUAGGUUGUGCCGGAGGUCAUGGCGAUUAUAUGGCUUAUAAAGACUAUGGAGUGAAUGCCAGGGACUGUGGCAUCAGAUUUACGCCCGAAUUCUUGAAUAUAAAAUAUGAUAUGAAAUGCUUUCCCAAUAACUAUACUGUGAAACAAGUGAUGGAUAUUUAUGGCCCACACUAUGAGCGCCAUCACAACCUACCGGACAGUCGUAUAGGAUAUGGUGUGGACUCCAAGUACGCUGAGGCGCCCUGGGCUGUCAAAUUAGUCAUGUUAAAAGGCCAAGAUUUGGAUGGAUGGUAUUGUAGUGGAGUAUUGGUCACCACAUUAUGGGUCUUAACGGCUGCCCAUUGUUUUGAUAAUGGUAAAAUUAAUAAUGCGUGGAAAAUAAUGACCGGUAAGAAUUGGAGAAUACCGGUGGACACCAGACAUAAGGAUGUUGUGGUUAUUCAUGAAAACUACACCAAAAAUACAGAUCUCUAUGACUUGGCUUUGGUUCGACUCGACAGCGAGUUCUGGCGUCUCAAUGAUAGCCGACAUUAUCUCAUAAACACUAUAUGUCUGCCAGAGAGCGGACGAAUAAACCACGACUUAGAGUUGGCCACACUAUUCGGGUGCGGGUGGAUCGGAGAUAACGGCACUGUCCCCGACAUUUUACAAAGGGGUGAAUUUAUUGUUGAGCCGUGGACUGACUGUCCUAGAAGUCUCGACGGUAUGAUUUGUACCAAACGUAUAUUGGAUACGGACGUAGAGCUCAUUAUGAGACCAAUGAUUUGUAAAGUGUCGACAGCGGUGGUGGAGCCGUACAACUCGGUGCUGACCACUCACACCACACUCGAGCACUCGGACUGCGCCUUCAUGGUUGACAACGAGGCCAUCUAUGACAUAUGUCGGCGCAAUCUGGACAUAGAGCGACCCACAUAUACCAACCUUAAUCGUUUGAUCGGUCAAAUUGUCUCAUCAAUCACAGCCUCCCUGCGCUUUGACGGCGCCCUCAACGUAGACCUGACCGAGUUUCAGACCAACUUGGUGCCCUACCCCCGCAUCCACUUCCCACUGGCCACGUACGCGCCGGUGAUCAGUGCCGAGAAAGCGUACCAUGAACAGUUGACAGUGUCCGAGAUCACCAACUCGUGUUUCGCGCCCGAGAACCAGAUGGUAAAGUGCGACCCCCGACACGGCAAGUAUAUGGCCGUGUGUUUGCUAUACAGGGGCGAUGUGGUGCCCAAAGAUGUGAACGCAGCCAUAGCCGCCAUUAAGACUAAGCGGAGUAUUCAGUUUGUCGACUGGUGUCCCACCGGUUUCAAAGUGGGCAUCAACUACCAGCCCCCAACAGUGGUUCCGGGCGGUGAUCUGGCGAAAGUGCAACGAGCGGUGUGUAUGCUGUCCAACACGACGGCCAUAGCCGAGGCGUGGGCCCGACUCGACCACAAGUUUGACCUGAUGUACGCCAAGCGCGCGUUCGUUCACUGGUAUGUCGGGGAGGGUAUGGAAGAGGGAGAGUUCUCUGAGGCCAGGGAGGACUUGGCAGCGCUCGAGAAGGACUACGAAGAGGUGGGCAUUGACUCGGCUGAUGGUGAUCAGGACGCCGGCGACGAGUAUUAA